GCCGGAAAGCGCCUCGGGAAGGCCGCGCCUGCGCGUCGCCAUCUUUCUAAAGGAGUGUAUGUCUUGCCAUUCGUUCUUCCCUGCGACGGGCUAGCCAUUGGUGGGGCGGGGCGGGGCCGGUCAUGGCGACCGGGGAGUUCCACGGGCAUGCGGUGCGGAUGUCCACCCAGGGGUCCCAGCCUGGCGCGGCUCCCGACUGCGUGGCAGGAGCUGCGGGGUUGCCCUCGGGGCAGAGCGGCGGCGCGGCCCUCCGGCUCGGGGAACGCCCGGUCCCCGCCAUGGAGAAGCGGGGACCCUACUUGGUGACGCGCGCACCUUCCAUUCAGGCUAAGCUGAAGAAGCACCGGGACCAUGCCAAGGCCGUUCUGCGGAGAAAGGGCAUGCUGGGCGCCUUGACGAACCGCCCCGAUUCUUCAGGGAAAAGGUCAGUGAAGUUUAACAAGGGCUAUACUGCUCUUAGCCAGAGUCCAGAUGAAAACCUGGUGUCCCUUGACUCUGACAGUGAUGGGGAGCUGGAAUCCAGAUACUCGUCCGGGUACUCCUCUGCAGAGGUGAGCCAGGACGUGAGCCGGCAGCUGCUGCAGGAUGGAUAUCACCUGGAUGAGAUUCCGGAUGAUGAGGACCUGGACCUCAUCCCUCCCAAGCCCAUCGCUUCCUCCGCGUGCUCUUGCUGCUGGUGCUGUCUUGGGGAGUCCUCCUGUACCCUCCAGUAGCCAUAACCCUCCAGGAUGAGCCGAUGGGCCCUGAUGGCCCUUCACAGCUCAGUGCACUGGGUGUCACUGCCAGCCUAGAACCCCUGGGCAGGCCAGUGGCCUACAGGUAGCCCUUACCUGGUGCUUCUCAUGUCAGAGGCCCCCAUCUGGGUCAUGGGUGACAGUUGGAGGUCUGCAGGUUUACACUGGGGCAGUUUCAGGAAGCCACUUUAACAAUGGCGGGAGGAGAGACUUUCUGUGGUUCUUAUGCUGCUGACAGGGUUGCUGAGAAAACCAUUUCCAGACAUUCUGACUGGUGUUUGUCAAGGUGUUCUGAGGAGAACUCUUCCUCCACGCAGGCUGUGCUGGGGUAUGUUGGGAGGCAGGGAACAGCACUUAAUGGCUUGCAGGAGGAAUCUCAAAGAGUACAAGUGGGACCAAGUCAAGGAAGCACCACGUGGGUUGUUCUUUAGUUUACACCUUGUCUGGUUACAGCAAGGAAUCUAGCUUAAUGAUGGAGUAGGAUGGCGGCUUUCAGAACCUCUGGGUGUGGGAUAUUCUGCUGGUCUGGAUGGGCUUAGUAACUCUGUCGGCCCUUCCCCCAUAAGAAGAGAAUUGCUCUGUUGUGUAUGUUUAUUUAUCUGUAGUUGCUUGGCCUUGGAGAAUUUUUCUGCCUGUUUUGUUUGUUUGUUUGUUUGUUUGUUUGUUUUGAGGUAAAAAUUGGAUUGGCUGCUGGGGCUAUCACCAGAAACCUGCAGUUUUUGUGAUUACCAGCAGAGGGAGCUGCUGGGAAGUCAGUGCCUUCCUAUCUUUAGCUUUUUAAGCUUUUGAGAAAUAUUGAUGGAUGAGAGCAGAUGUCCUGGUGUAGCUAUGUGACUCUGGCCUACAUGGAAAUGUUUAGAUAGGAUGGGGAGGGGAGACCUAAGCCAACUCCUGGUCCCCAUGUGAGCUGGUGAAUCUGCAGUGCAAGGGCUCACAGGCUAGAGGUGUAGUGCUGGUACAGCACUUGCCUAGCGCGUGCAAGGCUAGGAAGCUGGGAGACCACACAGAACAAGCCUGUGGGUGAGCACAGCUCAGUCCCAAGCCUCAACACAACAAAUGCAGGGAUAAUUUCUGCUACACUAAGCCUCUUCCUGAACUUUAGUUUUCUCAGACCCCCUUCUCCAUGGUCUUCUUCUUUGUUUUAUCUUACCCUGCUGUGUGGUGAGGCUUAGGGUAGAUACGGGUCCCAGCAUAAGGGCCACAGUAGUCAGAGUUAGGGGUUGGGCACCACAUGUGACUGUCCUGUCCAGUGAGAGGCUGGAUGAGAGGCUUAGGAGGAAUGACAUGCCCCCUACGUCCUUUCACAAGUAGUAGCAGAGGGGUAAGAUCAACAGAUAAGGCCUUCCCUGUUACUUAGCAACAGACCUGUCCACAUGAUUGCUGCCAGUGCCUAGCAGGGGUUUUUGUUGUUCUCAGGCUGUGGAAGGUUGACAACAGUAUGCUGUAUCUAGACUGUCUGGCAGCAUCACAGGAGGGAAGAUGGGACAGAAGCCAGAGGCACAUCUGCUUGGUUCUUAGGUUGGGUCAUAGAGGCUGACUGUGCUCUGCAGUGGGGGCCUGCAACUCUGUGCACCGGUCUCAUAAUCUGAGCACUUUAUGUACAGCCUGCAGGGAAGGAACACAGACCAUAUCCAGGCCUUCUAGGACUGCAGAGGUGGAGACCUCAUGCGCAAAGGGAAUAGAGAUAGUACAGAAUAGAGAAAGGCUUGGUGGUAGGGCUCAGAAAGGCCACAAGUGGUUGUGGAACUUAAGUGUGGAGUUCUAUUUCUAUUUGGUUAAAACUGAGUAGCCUAGACAUUUGGCAGCUCCUGGGGGUGGGCAAUACCCCCAAAACUACACCCUCUGGGGUGGUGGUUGCUAUAGUUAACAUUGAGAUACUUGGCUGGAACUGCCCCUGGAAGGAAAGUUCUCGAGCUGGGUAGCCUUGUGUGUCAAAGCAUCACUUGUGGAGAAAGCUCAGUAAUGUCCAGCCAAGAGGGGUAGAAAUGGACAGCUGUUAGAGGCUGGACAGAAACACCACCAGGAAAGGCACAAUGGUGCCCACAACCUAACUGCCUUAAUUGUGAGGGCUGGGUGUUCUGCAGGAGGCUGUCCCUGGGAAGGAGCGCAUCUGAGCCUCCUCAGGAGUGGCUCCCAUGUUGACGCUGCUCCUCAGACCUCUUUCUUGGCUUGCACUUUCAUAGUCUGUUAUAAUAAAUGCAAUCCUGGUAGUGA